GACCUUAAAGCUGUUAUAAAUACAAAACCACAUUGUCAGACCAACUUAGUAUUUAAUUAUUUUCCGUAUGGUCAACUCAUUUAAUAACAAUGAUAUUUAAAUUGUUUCUUGUUAUUUUUAUUACGCGUACUUUAGUUUAUGCUAAUUAUGUAGAAGAAAUGCCCAUGGCCCAUCCAUACCCAUUUAUGGUAUCGUUACAAAAGCUGGCAAGUAAUACAGUAUUUAAAUAUUGUUCAGGAGUAAUAGUUUCAGAAUCAUGGGUUCUGACAAAUUCACAGUGUGUCGACAAAACUAGAGUGGAUCAAAAUGAAAUUAUUGUAUUAGCUGGAAUUCUUAAUUCAUAUAAUUAUGAUUACAAAUUCGCUCAAAUUCGAAAAGUUGUAAAGAUUGUUCGACGCCGGGAUGAAAAUAGAAAUGGCAAUAUAAUAUUAAAGGACGAUUUGGUGCUGCUGAAAAUGAAUGAACCUUUUAUGUUAAGAAGUAAUGUGAUGGUUGCCAGGCUAGGCAACCAUUUGGAGGCUACUGGCAUUGGGGAAAUAGUAGGAUGGGGAGCUGAUGCAUUUCCGGCGGAUGAAACCCAAUCAGAUCAUUUGCUAUUCGCAGAAUUGGAUGUUGUAGAUCAAGAAAAAUGCUAUAAUUAUUACAAGGAUGUAAAGGAAAAAUUCUGUGUUGGAAAUUCUCAACAAGUCGCAUGUUCUGGCGAUGCUGGCGGACCUUUUGUACAAUAUGAUCAAAAUACAGGAGAACAAAUUGUCGUGGGAUUAGCGUCCGUUGGCGCUGUACCAUGUACAGCAAAACCUGCACUUUAUACCAAUGUGGCUUAUUACAAACAAUUUAUUAAAAAUACAAUUAAGGAAAAUUAAUUUUAUAGCUCACUAUGGUAGUUUCCUAGGUGUAAAAAGUUUUGGAAUAUGUUCUUAAAUAUUCCAGAUUGUUCGAGAAUAAUCUGUAAUGCGGUUCAAAAUAUUCGAUUUUUUUCAAGAAUGAUUCAAAUGUUAGAAAAUUUGAAUCUGAAAUAUAACAGAUUUGAAUGAGUGAGAAUACUCAGGCAACGUCAGGCUUUGUAGGUAGUGCAUAAUAAAACUAAGAUAUUAAUAAAUUUUAAUUAAAUUUUUAUCAGUGAUACGAAUAAUUUUAUUGAUAAUGAUUUUUUUGUUUUCCAAAUAGAGCAUUUAACAAUCGAGAUAAUACCAUACAUUUUGUAAUAUUUAUAUUGAGGGCAUAAUUGCGACUACCAACUAAGAAAAUUUUAUAACGGAAUGUUCCCUUCCAGGACAUCCGGAAAAUUUUAUAUCACCUAUUAUUAUUAUGCCACUAAUUUAAAAUUAAUAAUUACCCUUUUUUUUUGUAAUUCAGAGUUUCAAGAAAAAACAUUCCAGAAAUUUUUGUCAUAAAUUAUAAAUAAUCAUAAAUUACCUAGAACAGUAGUGAGAAAAUGUAAAUAACGUUGUUUUUUAGUUAUUAAAAUUAAUAAAGUAUACUUUUACUGUAAUCCA